CCUCGAACAUGAGCUGACGCAACGUUUUCUUUAUCGAGACAUUUUUUAAUUAAAAUAAAAUAAAUUUAAUGAUGAUUAGGCACACUUAGUUAUCAGAGAAGCAGAUAAGUGCUGGUUGUGCUGGGAGUGUCGUGUUGUAGGUCCUUAGGCUGAUAGACAACAGUUGAUGAACUGAACUGACCACCGACAGACACCCAGGAACAGCAGCAGUCGCCUCAGUACAAAUUUGGAGGAAGACUGAACAUUUAUCAAAGACGGUUUCCAAUUCGAAUUGAAGACUUGAACAUUAAGAUUUCGAGUUGCAGUCAAUUAAUCAAUUAAAAUGUCCACGUCGCAUCCCACAUUCGUCGAGGUCAUCACAAGUGACAGUGACGCCGACGACAACGAUUCUUCUGAUGCCGAAGUUCAAUACGUGCCUUACGUAAAACCUCCCCCUCCUGUGAUAGACUUGUUAAUGUCAUCUUCCGAAGACGAGGAGGAAGUUUUAAGUAAAAAGAAGACGUCGAAACCGGAAAAAUCUACACCAAAUGAUGCAAAAUGGAUUUCUACCAACCAUAGUCGACCCUCCUCCACCUUGCAUUACCCCCCAGCUCGCGGUGACCAUAAUGCUGACCAAAGUCUUUCGAAAGCAAAACCAGCCUCUGAAUUUCCUCCUCCAAUUCCUCCGACGCGUGUAUCAAAUGCUGGCCAAAUCGCGGAACGAAUACUUAUUCAUGCCUCGGGGUCAAAAAAGAGUGAUGGCGCUGGCGACGACGGUGAACGUAGUAAUGGCUAUAAAAGUACCGGGUGGGUUAUUGACACUAAUGGUCGUCAUGAUCCUAGCUCGAAUACAAAUGUUGUCCUGAACAGUUCACUGUCCAAGAGAAAUGAUGGCGAUGAUUCACUUCAUCGCCACAAUCAGCAGCAGCAACCACGGGUUGUUUACCAUUCAACUGCUGACGCUGCGCCAUCUUUUCCCAGUAUGCCGAAAGUUGGAGGUUCAUCCGUAUAUGAUUUUGAGUCGGGUAAUAAUGAUACGCUCGGAGGUAAUAGAGGAGCCGCCCCCUUGCCAAGUUGUGCUUCCACCACCAGAAAUAAUAAUGAUGGUGAUGUUGGCGUCGACACUAAUGUUGAUGCACCAGCGAAACAACUUGGUGACACUGGUUGUCAUAAUCAGGUGGGCGGAGGAGGAAAUCAUGCAGCUCAGGGUCAAAAUGGUACACAUCCCACGAUGUGGUUGCCUCAAAGCAGUGGACGGGUCAGCAAGGGGUUGCUAGUCGAGCCGCCGGUCAAUGGACUAGCGGCCACCGCAGCUACAACUCCUAGUCCUGCUACUGCUCCUGCCCGAAAACGCGUUUCAAAACAGCAGAGGGCGAGACAGCGAACGAAUGAAGAAAUUAACAAUUUUUUAACGACGCUGGGAAUAUUCGAGCCCAAUGAAGCUCCUCCUGCAUCGACUCCUCCGAAACGGGUGAGAAAGUCGAGGGCACGACCUUUGAUAAUUCCUCCGAACGUUCAAGCUCUCUCGUUGAUUCCGCCGCCUCCACUGAUGGACUCAGAUCCGUCGAGUCUCUUCCCAAUUUCGACGACAGAAGUAAAUGAUGUGACUUUGCCGGCGACGGCGGUGACGACCACGACCACGAAUGAAACAGAGGUGGUGCCAGUGACGAUGGAGAUAGUUUCAGAAGACGUUGUUGCAUUACCAAUAGUCAAUCAGCCAGCUACAGCGACAGUUGAAAAGUCUGCCGACCGACACACUGACACCGUCCCCCCUGACGUGGAGAAACUGUUUUGUCAACCUCCAUUUAAUCCUCAUAUACCAAACCCUGAAGUAGGAAUUUUGACUAGAACGGAACGUGCUGCGUUGUCAUUUAAUGUGUCUUCCGUUCUUGCUCCUACUACUUCGUCGCUGCCGUCCGAUCCUAACCCUCCUACUGACAGAAAUGUCAGUCUGAACAGUAAUGAUGCGCCGCCACAGACUAACAGCAAAUCGGAUAAUAAUGAUACAAUACUUCUAUCAUCCGAAUCGGACGAACCAGGUCAAUCUGGGGUCGAGUCAGUCCCAGCAACAACGAGUAAAGCUCCGCUAUUGAAUUUUUCUACUGAGAAGAUGACCGAAUCUACUACUAACUUCCAAUUAAAUUUCCCCCUCGAGGGUAAUUUCGAAGAUAAUAACGAUAGUGACGACGAAGGAGGCUAUACUAAAUCACUUCCAGCUUAUUUGCCUUCACACUGGACACCCACAAUGGUCAAAUACUACGAUUGUGCAGCAACCGAAGAUUUUAGACUGUCCAAAGUGCUGGCAAGCAUGUCAGAUGAUCCUGAAUUAUGGGAAACGAAUGAGAGAAGAUUUCCAAGGCAGAAAAUGAAUUCCAGAGUCCGUUGCCUGAACUGCAACCAGUUUGGCCAUGUUGUUUGGAAAUGUAGUGAAAAAAAGAAGCAAGCCAUUUGCCACUUGUGCGGACAGAGUGGUCACGGUUCGGUGGCCAAAAAUCGUGAUUCGGGAAGACAAACGCGUUGUCCAAACGCUGUCUGCCUAAAUUGUGGAAGGAAACAGAGGGGCAGUAUUUCUCACGGCUGUCCACAAUGCAUCUACACCAAAUAUCCAGUAAAGUGUGGAUCAUGCUCCAUCGAGGGACACACGACGUCUCAUUGUCCGGAUAAUUGGCGACGUUUCUUCUCCACCACCACCACCUCGAUGACUGGACGAGAGAAAAGAGGGAUUGCGGCUGCCUUUGGAGAUAAACCAACCUAUCGACUCCACAAGGACACGUAUUGUGCGACUUGUUCUCAAAAAGGCCACGGUUUUUUCCACUGUCGAUCCCACUGUAGGACGAGUGGCGAUAAAUAUGCUAGACAGAAUCCCAGGAUUUUUCAUGAACUUCCAAGAAUACAACCGGUAGCAUCUGCGGUAAGAGAAGAAGAAGAAAGGAUCGUCUCGCGAGAAGAAAUUCUUAUUGUGUCGAAUUCUUCUACAUCAUCUCUUGUUCGCCGCCCUGACUCGGUUGACGAUCGCCCUGCUACAACAAAUAAUCAUGAACAACAAGAUGACCAAAUCCUGGAAGAAGUUGUACCAUCGCCUCUUUCUGAAAACGGUGAUGACAAUACGAUGAAAAAGUGCAUGGAUCCAGAAUGUCACAAUCGACUAAAGGAGAAAACCUACUGUCACGAAAUGCCCGUCGCACCAAAAGAGCACCGAUUAUUACUCAAGGCCCAAGAAGAUAAUAGGAUAAAUCUCAUGCUAGGAAACACCGAUCAGAUUACAGUGCUUCAGAAACGUCAUGCCGUCCAUAUUUAUGGCGUUGACGUUGUCCAAAGUCAGGUGGACAUGUUACUCUUGGUAUCUAAACUGAAUGCGGAAGCGCGUAAAAAUUCUGCAAAACUAAAGAAAAAUAACCACACUCCUGAAGUGAUCACGCUGGAUGAUGAUGAUGACGAUAAAGAUGAGUCGGAACGGGGUGCAAAUUCUAACGAAAAGGUGACAAUUGCUCUCUUACAUUCUGAAUGGGGCCCAAUGUUGGACGAAUUGAAACCCAACGGAUUCAUUACUCGGCUCAUCGAAAUGUUCAAAGUUGACAUUCACGUUUCAAAGGAGAUGGUCACAAUUGAAAAUGGGACUCCGGCCGGGAAAAUGAUGGCUCAUAAGAAUAUCGUCGACUGGUUAGAGUGCCUCUCGGCCAGUGUGAAGUACACGAUGAAGAUGAAGUUGGACGUGGAAGAUGGUGACACAAGUGUGAGCAUCAUUGGUGAUAAUGGUAUUAGCUCGUCUCCCGCAAAGAAAAGGAAACGGCCACGCCAAGUCCAACGCCCGCACAGUAGAAGGUUCAACAAACGUCAACGACUCAGUAAUAAUAAUCAAAGUCAAACAAUGAUGGUAGACAAUUCAACGCCAAAUUCUUCUCAGGCUCAACUAUCUAACGAGUUUAGAAGGGGUACAAGGAGCAAUAAUUCCAACAUUGGAGGUUUCGAUCAUCAGCCUUGGGAGUAUAACUUCCCACAAUUUAAUGAUUUAACUUCAAAGUCUGCAUCGAUAACCGAUAAGCAAAGGAAACAUUUAAUUCGAAAACAACGAAGACAGAGGCAGAAGAUGAGGAAACAACAACAACAACGUCAGUUAUCCAAUGCAGGUCCGACCCAGCAGAAUGAUGGGUUCACACCAUUUUAUAGUGACGAUUAUGAUCCACCUGCUCCUCUUCUUCCCAUUCCGCUAAUGAGCACAGACUUUUCUCCGCCUUUUUUCCAUGCACAGCAACUCGUACCACCCGAGUUCUUGCCCCGAGGGGGGCAAGGUGGCCCUCCUUCUUCCCAGCCUGCGGACUAUAUUGCUUUCCGAGUCAGCGAAAGCGAGCUGCCGCGCGGACGUUCACAUAACAAGAAGGGUACUGGUGGCAAGUGGUUAAAUGGUCGGGGAGGUAGCCGUAGAGAUAGAUUUGUCCCCAGCAAGAAUAGAGGACGUGGGGGUGGUAGUGGGGGACAUGACAGACCUCGGUACUACAAGGAUGGCAAAAAUGAUAACGUCUGACCAAGUCAAAUUUAGGUACUUUCCAAAGGAUUGAUUAGUGUGGUGUGAUGUUUACUAAUUAAUUAAGAGUGUUUCUUAAUUAUUACGUAUUUCAUAAUUAAUAUUUGGCAAAUUCUUCUCUGACUAUUCGAUCCCUCAAAAUACACUUAUUAUGAAUUAAACAAAAACAAAUAAGUGACCGAAUAAAUAAAAUUGUGAACAAUUAA